AAAGUAAAGGAUGAUCUUGAAAUUGUGCUGUCAAUGAUUCAGUCAAAGAAUAAAAACCUGGAAGAAGAGCUGAAAAGAGAACAGCAGUGGUAUGAAGAACAGAAGCAGUUAGUAGAUACUCUUAGUAGAACUGAAGAGGAGACAAAAAACCAAGUUGAACAACUUUCUGAUAAAAGAGCAUUUCAUGAGCAGAAAAAGAAGAUCUUGAAACUAAAGACAUAUAAGAAAGAACUACUGACUGUUCUGGAUGAAUUCCUGGAAGAACAUUUUCCUCUUCCAGAGAAAGGUGGAAGUACUAAAAAGAAG